UAAUUAAUAGUAAUAUUUUCAGACGACCUCCUCGAUCAGAAAGGAAACGGAAAUGGCGAAUUCCUACUUGAAAUGAAUCUAUCUAUCUGCUAGGGUUUGCAAUUUCGUCAUCAUCUUCUUCUUCUCCCAAUUUCAUUUCGAUUCUCGUCGAUUGCGGCGUCGUUUCUGAAUGCAUAAUCACGUUUCUUUAUCCCUUCAAUCCAAUCGCGCACUCUUUUCUCCGUACCUCGACGCCCUCCAAAACCCUAGAUUUUCCCCCAAGACGAGAUUCCAAACUCGUCCUGUUUUCAAAUGCUGCGGAAUUCAGACUCACGUUCCCCCUCAGCUGUGCCGUAAUUCCAUCAAUUACGCCAAUGGCUCGCUCGAGGGUGAUAGGGGCAUUAUAUCCGUCGGAGUUAAGGAUUUCGACGUGGCUACGCUCGGGAAUCUCUGUGUUGAUAUUGUGCUCAACGUUCCCAAACUUCCGCCGAAGCGCUUCGACGAACGCAGGGCUUAUUUGGAAGAAUUGGCCAAAUCGCCGCCGGAUAAGAACAAUUGGGAAGCUGGUGGCAACUGCAAUAUGGCCAUUGCAGCAGCUAGAUUAGGGCUUCGUGUUGCUAGCAUUGGUCAUGUCGGUGAUGAAGUCUAUGGUCGUUUCCUCUUAGAUGUGCUUCAUGGUGAAGGGAUCAGUAUGGUUGAAAUGAAUGAGCAGAAUUAUGCAAUUGAUGCAUCGUCAACCACACCCGAGACACUUUUGUGCUGGGUUUUAGUAGACCCUUGGCACAGGCAUGAUUUUUGCAGCCCUGUAGAUUUUCAUCAGGAGCCUGCGUUUGGUUGGAUUCAGAUUCUCCCGACCAAAACAAAGAUGGCUAUAAGAAGAUCAAAGAUCAUGUUCUGCAAUGGGUACGGAUUUGAUGAGCUUUCCCCACAGCUACUUGUGUCCGCUUUGGAAUAUGCUGUUGAAGUAGGAACAUCAAUCUUUUUCGACCCUGGACCACGAGGGAAGUCUCUGAUUGCUGGAGCACCGGAAGAACAAAUGGCCCUUGACAAGUACCUGAGGAUGAGUGACGUCCUCCUUUUAACUUCAGAUGAGGCUGAAUCAUUGACCGGCAGAACCGAUCCCAUAUUAGCUGGACAAGAGUUGCUCAGAAACGGGGUUCGCACAAAAUGGGUGAUAAUCAAAAUGGGGCCAAGAGGUUCCAUUCUAAUCACGCCAUCAAGUAUAUCUUGUGCCCCUGCAUUUAAGGUUAAUGUCAUCGACACAGUUGGGUGUGGAGACAGUUUUGUGGCACCCAUUGCAUUUGGUUAUAUACAUGACAUGUCUUUGGUCCAGACAUUGACCGUUGCAAAUGCAGUGGGCGCUGCAACUGCUACAGGCUGUGGUGCCGGUAGAAAUGUUGCUGCGCUCAACAAAGUUUUGGAACUCGUGACAGGAUCAGACCUCUACGAGGAUGACAAAUUUUGGGUGGAUUUGCUAAAAGAACAUUCUGAAACAGACGAAAUCACAAUCCUGACCAAGAAUCCUCCCGGAAUUGGUAACAAGAACAAUACUUGGCUCCAACACACGCCAUUGAAAGAAGUAGUUUCUGAACUGCUACCCAAGCUCGGGUGCCAACAGGCAUUGCAGAUUGGAGCAUCUUGAUUCGAGAAUAAGUUAAUUUUCUUCGAGCUAGGAUACACACAGAUGUGAUUUUUCAAAGGGAUGGAGAUCCCAGUGUAUAGUCAGUCAAUCUCGAGGGAUCACAGAGCUACAGCAGCCCCAGCCCCCUUUCAGUAAACCAAGAAAUUCUUUGCUUAAUGAGGAUAAGCAAUUGAAUUUUUGUUUUGGAUCGUUUUGAUGUAAUAGCCGACAGGUAAGUUACACUAAGCAAGUCCUAUGUGGUGGCGGGGGGGUUUUGAACAGUGUCAUAAGUUCACCUCCCACACCACUGUAUUGCCUUUCACGGGCUUUUUGGUUGAUUUUAGUUUAUCGGGAUUGUGUUUAAAUUA